GGGUUCCACAGCUCCCCGUCGCGGCUCGCUAGCUCCCAGUGCUGCGGGUCUGCGCGUCCCUCCGUCGGGCCCGGGAAACCCGCUGUGCUAACGGCCCGGUCCGGGCGGGAGGGCGGGCGGACGCCGCGGCCCAGGCAGGGGCGCCGGCCUGGCGAGGCCUUCAGGUCGCUGUAACUGACUCAAGUCACUUUCGCCUUGGCCCCGUAAAAUGAAGAGCGCAGAACACGACGUAGGCCCCUGCGCAUCGGGGCAGCACUCCUUCCCCCGCAGGAAGCUCGCAGGCGUUGUGGCCGCCCGACCUGGGGAAGAGCCGGCUUCGGUAGUUCCCUCGGUUCUCACCCACUGCUCCAGACUCUUGCUGGGACGGCAAGAUGGUCCUUUCUCUGUAAUAGAGGCUUUGAGUACUCCACUGGGCACCUAGCUUGAAAUCCUGUUAUCAGAGUUCAUGCUAUUCUGUGAAGUGGAUGUGUAUGCUCCUAUUUUAAAAAAUGAGUUUAACUAGUGAUGUAUUAAGAGUUGAAACCUGGCUUUUGGCAACAUGGCAUGUUAAAGUGCCUCUAAUGUGGCUGGAAGCUUGUGUUAAUUGGAUCCAAGAAGAAAAUAAUAAUGUUAAUUUGAGCCAAACACAAAUAAACAAACAGGUUUUGGAGCAAUGGCUUCUUACUGACCUGAGAGACUUGGAAUAUCCUCUCUUACCUGAUAACAUUUUAGAAAUUCCAAAGGGAGAACUGAAUGGAUUUUAUGCUCUACAGAUCAAUUCUUUGGUUGAUGUAAGUCAGCCCGCGUAUUCCCAGUUACAAAAGCUGAGAGGAAAGAAUACAACCAAUGAUCUAGUUUCAGCUGAAACACAGAUUACUCCAAAACCGUGGGAAGCAAGGCCUUCCCGGAUGCUGAUGCUACAGCUCACGGAUGGUGUCACUCAAAUUCAAGGGAUGGAGUAUCAGUCUAUUCCAGCUCUCCAUGGUGGUCUUCCUCCAGGUACAAAAAUUUUGGUUCAUGGACGCAUUUCAUUCCGUCUUGGUGUUCUCUUGUUGAAACCAGAAAAUGUGAAGGUGUUAGGGGGUGAGGUAGAUGGUCUUUCAGAAGAAUAUGCUCAAGAGAAAGUACUUGCAAGAUUAAUUGGUGAACUUGAUCCUACAGUUUCAGUUGUACCAAGUAAUUCUGAUCACAGUUUGUCCAGAGUUUCAGGGGGGUUGGAUGCUGUUUCAGGACCUUCAGAUGAAGAACUCUUGGCAAGUCUCUAUGAAAGUGAAGAGCCUGCAGCAAGCAAUGAUACAUCACCCACGGAAGGAAGCUGUUUCAGCACAGGCAGCUCCUCAACUCCCACUCCCAUAAUUCAGUCUAGUUUUGAGCCCGGAUGUAAUAUUUCUUCAAAGCACAAGGAGAAGCCAAACCAGUCUGUGCAUUUCACUAGUGGAGAGUUUGACGACUUCUCGCUGGAAGAGGCCUUGCUUUUAGAGGAAACUGUCCAGAAAGAACAGAUGGAAACAAACGCAUUACAACCAUUAACUUUGAAGAAAAACACAGAUAAAUGUGUAGAGAUAUUUUCACAUAAACCUAAUACUCUGAACCAUACUCCUUUGAUUAAUAAACAAGAAAACAGCAAUUGCAAUGAAAAAAAAUUAUCUGAACAAAUAGUUUACAAAGACAAAUUUUUUAGCUGCCCAUCUGCAAGAGACCAUAAGAAACUCUUAGCCCAUGAUUUUACAGAUGACAGUAAGACUUUGGAAGUCAGUAAUACAACAGAGCAAAACAUUGACAGUUCAGAUGAACAUUGCUCCAGUAAUAAAAUGUUAAACAGAAAAUUAGGAACCUGUCUAUCAGGAAAGAGUUCAGAGGUUUCUAAUGAAAAUGGCUCCCCUUUACAGGCUCAGUCUUUAAGAUCAGUUGAGAAUAAUACUGAUCUCCCUAUUGACAUGGACUUACAUUCUCCACCCUUUAUCUAUUUGUCUGUUCUAAUGGCCAGGAAGCCAAAGGAAGUCACCACUGUGACAGUCAAAGCAUUUAUUGUCACUUUGACUGGGAAUCUCUCAAGCUCCGGUGGCUGCUGGUGUGUAACUGCAAAGGUUUCUGAUGGCACCGCCUAUCUAGAUGUGGACUUUAUAGAUGAAAUACUUACCAGUAUGAUAGGCUUUUCAGUACCAGAAAUGAAGCAAUUAAAAAAAGACCCUCUGAAAUAUCAAAACUUCCUAAAAGGGUUACAAAAAUGUCAGCGAGAUCUGAUAGAUUUGUGUUGCCUAAUGACUAUUUUAUUUGAUCCUUCUUCACAUAAAGCCUUGGUACUUGAAUUACAAGAUGUUGGUGUGGAGCACCUUGAGAACCUAAAGAAGCGGCUGCAUAAAUAAUUUGACAAAAUACUAUUGGAGUACACUUUAAAACAUGCAAAUAUUUGUAUUAUUUUUGAAACUCUAUAAAGGAAGGAAAGGCUUUUGAGCUUAAAAAUGGGUGAGAUGGCUGAGUGGUUAAACAGGCUUCUGCCAAGUCUGAGGACCUGAAUUUGAUCCCUUGGUCCCUUGUAGCUGAAGGAGAGAAACAACUCCCAAAAUCUGUUGUCUGUCCUUCACACAUGCAGCAUAGAGCUUGUGCACACAUAAAAACACAUAUACAUUAAAUGACAUUUAAAAAUAAAGAUAUCUAAUCAAAAUGAAUGUGAAGGGU